GUUCGCGUUGGGAUAACCAAUCGGUAUGGAGACACCCUGGUGACACAGUAACAACAGACCAGCAGAGAUUCAUUAAUGUGGAAAAUGUAGGAUUGACUGAUUGUGACAGUAUGCAGCCACCUGAGCUGUAGGAUACCACUUGUCUGUGAUGGCAAGAAAGGAUUAAAAAAAGAAGUCAGCUGGAGGAAAGUGAGUGAGGAAGUCUGAUUAUAUGGUAAGUUUGAAGUUUGGAUGACCACACUGUGGGGACAAAUCCCCACAGUGUGGUCAUCCUUUGCUAUGUUUGAUGUAAACAGACUAACCUGACUAGGAACCCCUCCUCUCUUUCUCCCCUCUCCUAUAAUUACACAUGGCAAGGCACUCUGCAGAUUCGAUACAACCAUGCGAAUUAACAAGCGUGUAGAUACACAUAUUCAUGUAUCCAGACCAGGUGAGUAGAUGAUUUCACAAAAACUUGGUGUGACCGCAAAGUUAGUACAAGUUUCAGUCUUUUUCAUGAUUGUGAUAAAAAUUCCUUAUAGGUGCUUUAACUGUGUAAAGUUUGUAGUUGUAGGUCGAACCUUACUUUUACAUAAUCAUGAACUGCAGUAUGAAAAGAGUUCCUUAUUUGUGCUAAUUAAUUUAAGGAGGCAAAAUUAUACUACUUUUAAAGUAACAUCACAUCAAAUAAGAAACCCUUUCCCUGAUAAUGGCCUGUAAUUACUCUCUGGUAAAUGCAAUGUGCAUGUCAUCAGAGGAGUGGGCUGUUUAGGCAUGAGAGCUGCUGUCUGUGAAGCUGCUCCUCUGAAAAAUAAAAUAAUGAUAAUAAAAAAAACCACCAGGAGAUGAUUAGUCUAUUAUCAAGCUCCUUUUAACACUUCUACUGUGCCACAAGCUCUCAAAGAGGAGCACUGUGAUGGGAAAUAAUGAGGAUGAAUUAUGUGGAGGUAAUGGUGAAUGAUGGAAGCAGCCAGUGAUGCACCAUCAUCAUCACCAUCCUCCUGCUGUCCUCAAAACUUGAAUACACCCAAACUGUGUUUAUUACCCUCAUCGGGAUGCACUUGCUCGCCCUCUUGCUAUCUCACUCGAAAAAAAAAAAACAGUGAAGAAAAGCUCUCUGUGUUGAAGCACGGCGCUCAUUCAUCCACUCGCUCCCACCGCAGAGGAGGAAAAUAACAUCUCACGCGACAUUUGUUAAGGAGAAAAGAAGAAGAGGGACAGCUUAGGGGAUCACAGGGGUACACUUUAAGGACUCCACUCAUGGUGCAGGGAUCUACAUUUUAUAUUUUAACCCAUGGAAAUAUCUCAGAGCGCGCACGGACAGCCUAAGAAUGAACUCCUCUGCGCCCGUGUCCCCGCUGCUGCAACUUCCCGCCGAGGAGGAGCGGAUGCAUGAGCGGAGCUUUCCAAAGGAUCGAGCCCCGAAAUAAAAGUUGCUAGAGAGCGGAAAUCAAGCUUGAGCCGCGUGAAAACCAAAGAGAGAUGGCGAGCAGAUGCAUUUAACCGGAUCAGUGAAUUGGAGAGGAUUUACUCAGAGCUCCUACAAGACUGAAAGAGUUCAAAAUUGGACAAUCAGGUAAGUGUCCUUUCAUAACAUCACAUUUCAUCAUGCUCAAAGUCUCUUUUACACUUCUCACCUCUGCUCUGUACAACGCAUUUCUUAACAUGAGUGAAUAACCCUCUUACUGCUGUUUCCUUCCCCCCAGUCCGGAGAGAAUGAGGUGUCGCUGGGUGAAGCAUGAGCUGUCAGAGGAUCAGUCAUAAGCGGCUGUCUCUGCUAUGGGAGGGGGCGGCUCUCGUCCUCUGGAUCUGCUGCUGCUGCUGCUUCUGGACCUCCAGGCCCGUCUCGGCCGGUGGAGCCGCAGCUUCAGCUGGGCAAAGCAGCGACACCCCGGGCUCCCUGGGCUGGCUGUUGUCCGAUAAAGGACCCUUUCAGCAGUCCCUGGAGUUCACAGAGGCUGCGGAGAGGUAUCAGCAGGGCUUCAGCACCAGAUACAAGAUCUACAGGUGAGCCAGAUGCAGAGCUCUGCUGCAUUUAUUUUUGUGUUGAUUGCAAGUUAAGAUCACAAGUGCUCUGGCAGGUUCUCAUUUCCCCCCCAACAUACUUAUGGAUAAUUUCACUGAUGAGUACUUUGAGCUAGGGAGAUCUCAUCAGCAUAAGCAUCUGCUGUAGUGUUUGCAGUGAAAACCUACUCUCUCUUUAAGUAUGACUCUCACAGGUAUCACACCUGCACUGAAUUAGUGCCAGCUGAUGAGAAAAUCUGAAGAAGAAGCACAGUAGCAAUCAUAGACUAUCUAUGGUAGCAAUACAGAGUGCGCCCUUUGCUCUGUCUGUCAGGCUGAAUGCUUAUCAGCAAGGUGAAAAGCAGCAUUUUUCCUCUCCUGGGUUUUUAGGGUGGGACAUAUUUGCGUUGUUGUUGAUGUUUAAAAUGACCUCUGCAGCACAAGUUAAUUCCGAGACUGUAGCCAUUUGAAUAGGUUUAUCCUUAACAGUGACUUCGUGUCCCUUAGUUGCACUUUGCUGCUGUUGCUUGUCAAAACAUUCACCACAUGCAAUGUUUGAGUUUGGAUUGCUCUUCUCUACUGCUGUGCAAUUUAUUGAUCAAUGAAUCAGGCUCACAUCUUUUGGUGUCUGACCAAAUGCAGCUAGGCCAUUAGACAGAGUUUGUGCAUUGUGUGCUGAUUUUGCCCAGGGGUGUGUCCAGACAUAAAGGCUGGGGUGCCCUAACUGGAGGAAUAGCAUAUGAAGGGGUGGCACAAAAUUGCUGUUGCACAUAAUCACGCACACUUGGAUUUCAAAUGUCUUCAUUCAGAUGUUUAUUUUAAACGGAGGGUCAAAAUAUUUGUAUUUUAUGCUUAAAUGCUUGAGAACUAAAAAAAAUGUAUCAGUGAAAGACAAAGUACUCAAAACAGAAUAUUUUCAACACCUAAGUGCCAGCAAAGCUGUUUGCAGCCUGUUGCAAAAAGGUUUGUCUGGUUUGUUUGAAUUUAAGCCCCAUAUUGGACCUGAAAGGUAUCUUGCUGAUCACAGAUAUAUUUUCAACACUGAAGAGUGUGCUCAAUUAUGAGGUGGCAAUUAUGAGCGACCGUGCCACCCCUGAUUUGUCGAAAGUAGAUGUCUGAUCUUUUGUCUCGCAUCAGCCGCAGUUGAAAUUUUAUAGCAUGUUUUAUUUUAUUGUUGCAUCUCUCAGAAUAUAUAAAAAAUUCAUGUAAGUUAUCACUGCUUCAGGCCUCAGAUGGAGUCACUUCUCUCUGAUUUACUGAAGUCUGCAGUCAUGCAUAUGUGAGGCAUAUGAAUCAAUCUGCCCAUUAUUUCCUCUCAGGUAUCUUAUAGGCAGAGGUGUUUAUCUCCAACUCACACCUGCCUUUUUGCAAUGCACCUGCUGUUCCAGUAUCCCCACGACUUCAGUCUUCUUCCUCCUCAAACCUCCUCCACAAUCAGCAAAAAUCACUUUUAAGUGACAAAGGAGCAGACAGCUUGGACGGUCUCACGUGGCUGCCACCUGUAUCGGUUAACUGACAUCUCACCACUCGAUGGUCUUUUCACCCGGGAGCAGUCGAUCCUGCAACCUGUAAGCUGCCUGCUCACAUUUACUCACCCAAAGGCAGUUUUAGGGGUUAUGGAUUAAGGGUGCCACCAAAUGGGACCCAACCAAGGUGAAAAAAAAACUGCUGCAUCAAGAUAAUAACUGACAGAAAAGUCAAUUUGAGCCCAUUUUCAGUAUCUUUGCCUGUUUUGUUAUCAUUUAAUGCUGAGACUCUAUCAGGAGAAAAUAAUAAAAUGCAGAGAAACUAAAGGCAUUUAUUCCUAGAAAUGUCAUAACUGCAUUUCUAAACAGCCACCACAGAGUUGCAGAUAUAUUUUAAUAUGCGCUUUUAAAUAUCCUGAGGGUCUUCUGCUCCUCUGACUUCUACACCACCAUCACUGACUGUCAAUCAUGCAGCAGCAGCAUGUGAUUAAGCAGCUCCCUGUUUCUGCUCCUUGCAUAGUUAUUCCCUCUAUGGGUCUGCUUCAUAACUGUUGAUUUCUUACAAUACAAACAAUGAGAUAUCGUCAUGUUGGGAAAUGUAUUUCUCUACAGUACACUCCCCUCUCUGCUGUGCGUACAUGCUGAUGGAAUAGCUGUAGGCCAAACCCUGGGCUGGAUCCACACCGCCCCAUCUGUUCACCAGGGAUGGACUCUCACUCUGUCCCCUCGUUAUGAUGAUUGGCUGUAAUGACACACUCCACACUGUCCCGGUUCCCCAAUUAUUUCUCUGCCAAUCAUUUUUCUCAUGGUAGUCAUUUGAUUGCCUGUGAAGAGGAGAGGGAGGUACGCAGAGCAGCAGGCAGCACCGUAGGAGGGGUACGCAUUAACUGAUGGCGUUGAAGAGAGAGUGGCAGUUGAGUCUCCCUGCUGGUUUGUCAAGACUAGAAACUUAGUGAUGCGGGCAAAGGAUAACAAAUGAUGGAAGCUGAUGAUGAUCUAUGUACUGUAUUUUGGUUUCACAGUUCUCUGUAAAAUAGCACUUGAUUUUAAUAAGUUCUGUUAAACUUGGGCAGGACUCAUUUAAAGCACUGAAGCUUGUUAAGGCAGGAGUAACAGACACGUCUGUAGAAAUAUUGCAGAAAACUUAAGCAAUUGGAAAAGUUGAAACUAUGGUAAAUGCAAUCACAAAUAUGUUUUGAAUUUAUAAGUUGGGUAUUGCCACAAAAUGCCCGAAUCAAAUUGAUUCUGUUUCGACUCAGCUCUACUCUGAUAAACAUUGAUUUAUUUAGUGAUGUUUCAGCUUGUGCUGCUACAGCCUCUGUCUCGUGGUGCUCAUUCUGUCCCUUGGCUUUUCAGACACACACACACAGAUACACACACCUGACUCCUCGUGCUCCUCUCCCUGCGCUCCUCUCUCCACUUGUGGCUGCAUGAUAGUUUGUACCACUGCUGCACUACGUCUUGGAGAUACAGCGGACAUCUUCCCACCAUUAAUCUUAGUAGGAGCUGCAGCUCCCCAAACUUUGAUUAAGUGAAAGUGAGAGUCUACACUUAACAACAGAGCUGUUAAGAAAAAGGGUGCACAUCAUUCAGCAUGUUAGAUGUAAAGAAGGCAAUUGCCCAGCUCUACAACAAAGCUGUACUAAAUUUGUCACAGUUAUUUUUCUUUUGUUUUGUAAAAACUCAGAGAGCUCACAGUAACUUAAACACAAAUGCUCUCUCCAGAUUAUUUUUUCAGGUUGUAAAUCUGGGUGAUGUCUUGGUAUUGGACAUAGGGCUGCACAAUUAAUUGAUUUUAAAUCGUAAUCAGAUUAUUAAAUUAUGACAAUAUUGAAAAAAUUCAAACCGUCAAAUCGAUUUUCCUCCCUAUCAUGUCUCGUGCCUCCAGGCCACCGUAGGCUCCCCCUUCCUGCAAGAGCACUCCCCAGUUCCCACACACACCAGUGUCAACAAACAAACAUGACGUUUGCAAAAAAAAGGCGAUAAUUGAAGGCUAAAAGGCUAAAAGGGGCAAGAGCAAGUCGAUGGUGUGGAAUUGGUACGGCUUUGCUGUUUCGGACAAGAGCAAACCACUUCCUGCUGCAAAGUCUGCCUGAAGAUGGUUUCAACCCAUCCACAUGGAAACGAACUCAGGAGUAAAUGCAAAAAAUUUUUCUGUCAUCAGCGUUUCAUCCACACGGAAACAUUGUUUCAGGUGACUGUAAACAGUACUUUUUGAAAAUGGGUAUGAGAGUGCUUAAAUCCAACCGAAGUUAACUGAAGUUAUUGACAGAAAGACAGCUGGUGUUUGCAAAGAGUCAAAAGCCAAUUGUAAAGAAAUCCUUCCAAAAUCAAUAACUAAUGAGCCUAUGAACUCCACAGCUAACAUUUGCUAACAUUAGUGCAACACAUUGCAACAAAAAAGGGAUGAGUUCCCUCUAAAAUCCUGCCACCUGUGGUCUUGAUUUCCAUGAACGGGAUUGCCAAUCAUUUAUUGUCUUAAGUAUUUUAUAUUCCAGCCUCUUCACCCAAUGAACAGAUAAAGCACGAGAGACAGACUGAUUGCAUUAGAUGCAAUCUGUAUGCACAUUAAUUCUGAGUUACACUGUAUGCCUCAGUAAACACAGUCAGGCUUCAGAUUGUGUCCAGUAUCUGUAUUUAUAUUCCAUGACAAAUAAAUGCUUUUCCUUGAUGGUUUGUUCUACUUCAUUUUGUGAUACAUGUAACUGAUAAUACAAAAAAUUCAAAAUGGGGCCCAAUGUGACUCCAGUUACUCUGAUAUUACAUAUAAUUAACAAAAACAUGGUGUAAAGGUUGACUAAUUCAGUGACCCAUCUUGCAGCACCGUGGACUGGUGAAGGUAUCAGGGAAACUGGUCUAUGGCCCAGUUUUAAAGGCUUAAUCUAGUUAACUGAAGUUUUGUGGUGAAUUUUCUAAAAACUUUUCUUAGUAUUUUAAAUUUCACAAGACUGAGCAGUUGACCAGGGGUAAUUUUAGCUUGUAUAGCUGGUCAGAUAGUGUUAGUUAGCUUAUGGCAAAGAAACAACAAACUUCUAUAUUGAAGAUUGAAAGCUUUUAAUUUAUCUUUAUCUCAGACAUUCAGCCGUGAACUUUAAAUGACAAGCUUUUCAAGGUCUGCUCUUUACAAUGUUGAAAAGACAUCAUCUACACCACCUUCAAGACAAAUUUCACCUGAAAAAACCUGAAGCAAAGCCUGUGCUGCGAUACUACCAAUAGUAAGCGGUAGUAUGAGCGGCCCCCAACCUCAAACAUUUUUUCUACCCUCAGCAAAAGCAGACAGUGUGAAACCAAGCGGGACUAAAAUGUUCCUCAAAUUAAGAACAAAGUUAACCAAGAGCUUUCCAAUGAAAACCAAGUGGUAACAUUGUGUGGAUGUUAUUGUCAUUUCAUGAGAGACAGUUACAGAGACAUCAUAGGAAGAAAAAAACUUUUAUUUUUCAAUUGGCUUCAAUUUUUUUUUUUUACUUAGAGAAGGGAAUUCGUUGUUUUAAGUUCUACGAUGACUUUGCAAAGCCACUGAAGGUAGAGAAAAAACAAAUAUUGAUGGUUGUUACUGACAGACUUCUUUGCUUUUGUAUAUCAUAAAAAGGCAUUAAAAAAAUCUCAGUCUAUUUCCUAAAUGUAAAAUAAACUACUCACAAGAGCCUGAAAACAAAUGUUUGCAUUUCUCCAGCCAACUGCCUGCCUGGGUGUAAGUGUGUGAUAAAAACUUUAUGUUUAUUUAUGGUUAUAAUUUCAGUUUGUACUGCAUGUCUACUUUUCUGUCUCUUGAAAACUAAAACAAGUCAAGGACGUUUUAUUUUGAAAGACACAGUAUCCCAAUUUUUUUUCAAUAACUUUUACAUUACAAUUACAUUACAGAGUUUGAUGGAAUUCAGUAACCAAUUUGCUUUGUAAUUAAUCGAAUCAAAUCAUACUGACCCACACUGAAUCACACUGAAUCAUAUAUUUCAAUGACUUGGCCUUGACUUGAACCGCAGCCAGCAAGGUUCAAAUUGUAUUGGAUUGAAAUCAAAGGUGCAAAUACGGUCACUGUUGUUAUUCAAGGAAAAGCUCUCAAGGCAGUACAGCACUCCAUGCUAUAAAAACAGCACCAAAACAAAUUACGAGAACGUUCAUUAUGAAAAGGUGAAAGUGCUGUAAAAGGCAGAAAUGUUCAGCUUCUCUGCCAAGAUAUAGAGCAACAGCGAGAUGAACCAGUACAGAAACUGAGAUCCAGCCUGCAGGGAGACUUCUUUCACUGGAACGAAAUGAGUCUUAAUCAUUGAUGGUGUUAAAUAAGGUCCAGUCUCAAUCAGUUCAAAUGAACACACCACUGCCCUUAUGAACUUGAUGCUAUUACCAGGGAAUGGAUUCAAUUUAAGAUUUUUGAAUGGACCAAUUACCACCCACAAGCUGAAUAUCUCAAAAUAAUACUGAGCUCCAGGAGAUAAUGUAGCCAGGGGCCCCGAUGGUGAAGUAGAGGGCAAGCUCAAGCCCUGUAUCCCAAAGCUUUUAAGUGAUAUUUCCCAGCUCUCAGCCUCUAGUUGAACCAGAAGUAGUCACAGACCCAUUAUCCCAAGGAGUGUCCCCCAUUUUUUGAUGCAGCUUUGAUGGAGGAGAGAAGGUUGAAGUGAGAAGAGGGAAGUCUGAGGGACAAUGAGUGAGUAAAGAUGACAGAUGCUUUUAUGGAGGAUUUCAAACUGACAAACUUACCUUAGUGGCAAACAUCACUCAAUGAGUGGACACUACAGUGGACUAAACUCAACAACAACAUCACAAUAUCUCCAGAGUUUGACAAUGGAGAGACCAGUCCUAAAAUAGACACAUGAGGUGUUUGGUGGAUAAAAAAUGUUGGACAAAAGAAAGUUUUGGUUGAGGAUAAAUUAUCAACCACAGCUUUCAUAGAGUUAAAAUUAUAAAAACAAUCACUCAGUAUUUUUAUCUGCUUUCUCAUUCACCACUUAAUUCAAAUUUUGUGAAUUUAAAAGUCUUGAAAUGGUACAGGUCACCAUAGAAGUGUGAAUUUACGAACAGUUCAUGCAAUGCAAGUAAUUUAUGAGUACAACACAGUGCUGCUGGUUGAAAUGGUUGGUUCUGAGAAGGACCAGGCAUAAACAGACUAUGGGUCCCCUGUGUCUCACACCGCCUCUCUGGUAGGAAGGACCAGGAUGCAAGGAAAUGAUGCAAGUAAGGGAUCCAUGGAUGAAACUUCAGAGAACUGAGAUGUUGCCAAGAUACUUGUUGAAGGUCCUUUCAGUGGAAAUGUAUUUAUGAGUUUAACCAGAGGAAGCAGAAACCAUGUACAAAAUAUGAGAAACAGAGUGAAAAAACACUUGUUUCAUAAAUCCUGUUGUUGGUUCAUGACCCUCUCUGUGUUCAGAGUUCUAUACAUGUAGAAACAUGCAAACAUCUCCACUGAAAAACAUUUGGCAGUGACUUACAACCCUGCAGAGUUGGGUACGACUCCAAAACUGUGAGGGUUUUUUAUCUGAUGAUAAAAUAGACUGAUAUUUACUGUAAAGCCUUUUUCUCUCAUACAAGAGCAAAGACGACCAUCAGGAACCAGACUGAAAUUUCCUUUAUUAUCAGUGACUGAAACUGCUGUGAGGGGGUGUCAAGCCACAUGAUUGACAGCAUGAUAAAAAGUAUCCUCUGUUUUUAUCUUUGUAGCAAAUAUUCUCAUUUAACUGUUAAAAGACAGGAGUUUAGACACCUGGAUACGUUUACAUGUGUACACAACAAGAUCAGCAGAGACACAAGAGGUGUCUAAUUAUGGAUGGGGUGGGGGUGGGGACUUUGAUACUUAUAGAAAGAUCCUCGGAGGUGCUUUAAACAGGAAAAAAAAAUAACAGACCCAGAGUUAUUUCUGAAAAAGUAAAAUUUUCCAGGCCAUAGCGCAAAAUUGAAUUUCUCUUUGGGGAUCAAUAAAGUUCUUCUUAUCUUAAAUUCAUCACACCAAGCACUAAUCAUGCCAUAUGGAUAUGGAUCAUUCAAUGCAGCUUCCCACCUAGACUUUAGUUGCGUUAUCGGGGUCAUAGAAACAGGUAAGGAAAUAAACCUCCGACCCACUGAUCCCCCACCCUACCACCACCAACUCUCUACACAUCCAGGGACAGUUUAUUUAGUUUGUAGACAAAGAAACUUUUCUUAACUCCACAGAGAUAAAACUGUGAAACAGAACAACCAAUUAGAGCAGUUAGAAAUAACUUCUUUGUUUAUCUCAGGCCUGGGCUGGUAUGAUGCAUUUGUGCUAUCUAGAAAAAUCAAAUGUCAGUGUAAGAAGUAAUAACACUAAACAAAAGAUGUGUCAUUGAAAUGGAUUGGAAAUUACGAUAACAUGAGUAACAAAUGGUUGAGCCAACUGUGUCACUCUGUUUUGUAUUUAUAUAUGUUUAUAUUUAUAUAUAUAUAUAUGCAAACUGAGAUUUCUUUCUUAUACACUAGGGGCUCAUUAUUGGGGCUCUUCGGGGAAUAUAACAUUAAAUCUUCAUCAUGUGUUGGUGAUGUGAGUAGUUGAUGAAUUGUGUUAGCACACUACACUGAAUUCCCACCUCGAUGUAUGUAACACACUUUUUCUUUCAGCACAGCUUGUUAAACAGCUGCCUGGGGCCUUUCACACCAACAACCAAACUAAGAGAGCAAAAACCUCUGUGUGUGUGUGUGUGUGUGUGUGUGUGUGUGUGUGUGUGUGUGUGUGUGUGUGUGUGUGUGUGUGUGUGUGUGUGUGUGUGAGUGUUGUGUUUCCAGGGAGUUUGGUCGAUGGAAGGUCAACAGCCUGGCGGUGGAGAAGCGGGAGAGUCUUGGUGGCAGCGGAGGCCUCGCUCUGCCCCUGGAUCCCGACUUCAUGCACACCAUCCGACAACUGGGGAGGCGACCGACCCUCCAGACGAUCACCGAGAGCCUAAUCAAGAAAUAUGGCACCCACUUCCUCCUGUCUGCCACUCUGGGAGGUACAGUAGAGUACGCAGAGCUUCAAAAGGAGCCUCAUUCACACAGCUUAAUAUGACUUUUUUUUCUCCUCAGCACAUGGGGCGCCGAUUUUACCGGCUGUUACUUCACAAACAACAAAGCAUGUAAUAAUUUUUUUCUGGAUCAGUGGUUUUUGGCACACAAAACACAUCAAUUUACUCUAGUUUAGCAUACAAAAAAUAAUUGGAGAAGGCAGUGAAACAGAUUUUAUAUCUUUGUUUGGCACUGUAUCACAUGAUCCACUAAAUGGAGAUUUGUCUCUUUUGAACAGCACUAUUAUUUGAAUGCAAUUGGCCUAUUUUUUCAUUCUUUCUUUUGUAAAUCAACACAAGUAUAUUUUAUUCAUGAAAGCAACAGUUUGAAAGUGUUUCCUGUAAGAAAAUUACCAAUUUGAGGACAUUUCAAAGGCAAAGUUGUUGGAAACAGCUUCUGGUGAUGUACCACAAUACAGGAUUAUAUUGAAGCUUUUGUUCCAGCAAAUACAGCGACUGGCCAAAAACUGACAGCAAGCAUAUGGUUUGCCAUUAUCAUUAUCUCAGAAGAGAGAAAAAAGCUCUUUUUUGUAAUUUCACUACAAUAAACUAGUGCUCUGUAAUCCAAAGAAGAAAAGAGAAGACAUGGAUACAGUUGCGUUAGCAGCAAACAGCUUUAUAACACAUUAAUUCGAUACCAGGGUCUCACUCCUCUGAUUCACCUUGAACAACUCUUGAUCUCCAACUGUUAAAAGACACUGAGACAUUGCUUAAGAUGUAGGCAUUAAAACUUGAUCGAUCUAAGGCAGAUGUCUGUUCAAAGCAAAAUCCUGAAUAUAACCUUGGUUUGAUUUCGUCCCACAAGAUUUGAGAUAACUGUCCCUGAGUGACUUCAGGAAAAAGUCCAGGAGAUGGGGGAUAUAGGUGGAUGGAAACAUCAGCAGAGCAUACAACUUGGACAUUAAGAAACUAGGACAGCAUAAAGAGGGUACAGACUUCUUUUAAGGCAAAUAUGUAACUCUUAAAUAAUACUUUCAUCUACAAGUACAGCUUUGGUACAUGUGUUUGACUCAUCCUCUAAAAUGUAAGGGUUAAGCAUUACUACUUGUUUGUGAGUCAAAUUGCAAUCCACUUGAAAAAUUUAUGGGCACACUUUUCACCUUCACACAGAGUUUGUUGAAUACAGGGCCGGUACAUUCCUGUAAUCUUGCAGAGAAACGGACAAACAAACUACAAGCAGAAACUUUUGGAGUGGAGGAAAUAAGCAGAAAUGAAAUGACUUGAGGAGGACCUAUAUGCAUUUAUAGUUUUGCAAACUGACAAGGAAGAUCAAUACUGCACUUUCAGGCUGAAGUUUUGCUGACAUAACUCAAUAACAUCUUUAGGGAAAAAGGAAAAAACACAACUUUUUUGCUGAUUGACAACAAAGAUUUUACAUAUUGGCUGUUAUUGCAGUGGGAGCUGUAUAGAAAAGGGCACUACCGUCUGCUUUUGUAUUUACCAUACAUCCUUCCCCUCAAUACGGUACAGAAGAGCUGUCAUAUCUACAGAUGUCUCCUUAUCUGAAGUGACAGCCUCUAAGUGUUUGUGGCAAGAAGACAUUUGGGAUAAGAGCCAAUGAGUUGUGUAUUGACAGAAUGGCCUUCACAUGCUGUUAGAGUUAGAGAUGACUCAGUUCUUCUGUGUUAUGGUUUGCUAAAGAGCACCUUCUGCACUGUAAACACACUCAAAAUGCACUUGAGGCAGCCUUUUGGAAUGAAUAAAGAAAGGUGGAUUUAUAUUUUCUUUUCAUUUUCAUAACUAUGUUUUUAUGCUGGCCUGAUGCUGACACUAUGGCAUCUCUUUUGCUUGUGGAUAUAAUAACCCACUAAGGACAGUCUUACCCAUUUCUUGAGCAGACAUUAAAAAUUAAUAAUCAACACUUAAACCCAAACUGCUCCUGUGACAUUGCCAGGAGUGUGUGAAUGGGAUUAGUGAAUACUGUUGGACACUUUACAAGGGCAGCCUCUGCCAUCAGUGUAUGAAUGUGAUAUGAAACACCGUCCAUUUACCAUUUACUCUAUUGAAAAAUAAGGUACAAUAAAAAUACAACUGGCCAGGAUCACAGUAUGUCAGCCAUCUGACAAGUUGUUUGCUGACUGAACUGCACAGCUAACUAGAAAGUGACAGGAUGUGUUCAGGAAAUAUAGAGAAAGAAUUCAAAGACUAAACUUUAGUUGUCUGGUGUCAGACAAAAGCUCAUUUAACAUCCAAGUAAAGGUGGCGUUUAGUGACCAGGUCAUUCAGCGGAAUAGAAACCUGACAAGGUGAAGCAUCCUGAUGAGAGAUGUUGUUUGCAAUAAGGUCAAAACAGCUGACUUUUCUCCUUUGAUAUUCAUGACAGAUGUAGAAAAUAAAAGCGCAAUGACACCUGUGUAAGAUCCUCGUCUGCAUCACUUCUCUGCUGGCAUUUUUGUGUCACUCAACCAUUACCGUCGCACUGCCAAAGCUCACAGCUCCCUUUGUGACUUCCCUCAAUAGUUUGCUCUUAUUUCCUUUUUCUGCUAUUCACUGAUCUGCCAUUAAUUAGAAAUAUUGAGUCUUGUGCCCGUCAAAUAGAUUGAGAGUAAUAUUUAAAAUAUCCACCAUGUUGUUCACUGAUGCUACCAGAAACUAACAUUUUCGCCACAUUGUCGACACAUUACUUUGAGGUUGAUUUGAUAAGAUAUUUGGGAUCUUGUUGUCCCUGGCGUACCUAUAGCUACUUAGAUUUAAUAACAGGUAAUGCAAUUAUGGCCAAUCAGAAUCAAGUAUUUAAUACAGCCGGGCGACUAGUCAGAAAGCAGAGUAUUGAUACCAACCAAUCAAGUGGGUCAUCUUAGCCUAAAGCCACUUCCCAGCUUCCGUGUCUGGAUGGAUAAAUGCCAAAUGCCAACAUCUCUAAAUGAUAAAGUGGUGUGUAAUCUGCACUCACUCUGCACUGGUCUGUAAAUAAUCAGAGGCGUCUGCUCCUCAAAUGCACUGAUAAUACUUUUCAUGAGAGAUAAGAACCUCGUAAUGUCAAUCUCAUGUUUCUGCUGAUUUGAUUUUGUGCCCUCUGAGUAUUUAUUGUCAUUAAUCAUACAAGGGGCCCACUUGUCAUAAAAACAAAACAGAAGUUAAACUGAUGCAUUUUUUCCACUUACUGAAUAUCUUUCUGUCGCUGUCACCUUUCCUGCUGUGGCUUACCUCGGCUUGGCAAUGUGAGCACAAACUUAAUCACUGCAUGAUCCAAUCUGUAGUGUUCAAUUACCUCGAUGCCACCUCAUGUUUAAAGAACCUUUCUCUGCCUAUCCCCGAUUUCCUUCUCUGCUUAAGAAACUCUCGAACAUUUUUUUAGUACUCCUCCCAAGAGUUUUUCAACCUAGGAUCUGUCUGAAAGGCUAAGAUGCUUUGUGAAUAACUUAAAUCUUUACCCGGAUCUGGUCUUGACUUAAAAGGAAACGAUUUGAAAAAUCGACUGAUUCUAAGAAUUUUUUCAAAGUUCAUCCGUAGAGGCAACUCUUACUCAGAAAGAGCCAAAAAAAAAAGGGUGAAAGACGUUUGAAGGAGUGUUUCUCCAGGAAUAACUCCACCUCCAUGCUAGCUUACUAUCAGUCAAUUUAUUCCUACAUAUUUUAUUUCAUCACAAAUGGCAUCACCUGCAGUUUUGUUUCGCAUCUGGUCACAUCAUGAUUUUGCUGCUCCUGUAACUCUGCAGCCAGAGCUUGCAUAUUUGCAGCUGGUAUAUAUCAACUUUAUGUUUUCAUUUAAAAUGGCAGUUAUGUUGGAGAGGUGCAGAUAUAAUCAGUCUGUCUGUUUUGUUGCUUAGUAGAAAAGACUGCUUCACCCUUGUUAGUGCAUUUAAACGCAGUUUCCAGUAUGUGAACUUUAUUAGGACUAAAAGUGAGAUAAAACACAACAACAUCAUGGUAAUACUUAGCUUGCCUUAGAGUGAUACAUGAAUAUGGUUACCAUCUCUCAGUAGCUUGACAAGACAUUGAGCAAAAAAUGCUAAUAAACAUGGACGUGAAUAUUGCAAGAGACACAUAAACGUUUUUUUGGGGGAGGGUCUAUUUGAAAUGAUAGAGAGUCACACAAUGUGUGAAUGAAAUAAACUAAACAUGAAUGAAAUAGACUAAAAUGCAUGUUGAUGCUUUAUUUUUUUUGAUAAACAAAAGCAAGUAAGGCCAUCAGCAACAAAUAUGAUCAUUCUUUUUUCUCAAUUUUGAUGUUGGGAAAUUAUGCCGGGAAAAGGUGUCAGCUGAACACCUAAAGAAACUUUUUGAUAAUUUCUGCGUUGAACAUUUAUUAAGCUCGUGGAAGACGAAAUAAACAAAGACUGCUUUGUCCACAGGGGACACCAAACAUGAUACAAAGAGAAAAGCCCCUCACAGGAGCUUGAAAACAUUAAGAUUCAAAAAAGUAGUAAAACAGCUUAAAUAUAUGAAUACAGAGGCCAAUAAAGAAAUGUCAUAACAGUCUUUCCCUAAUGCUCCCUCUGUGAGAUUGAUGCUCAGGCAGAGUUUAAGAGAUGAUAGAAACGUUUCCAUUUUAAAGCAUUACUUUUGAAUCUUAAUUUCUGUUGUGAUGCCAUCAAAGACCAAGACAGGCUAUUAAAGAGGUUAGAGAAAAAGGUGUCUCCAUGAGCUUUAUCCAAAUUUAAGUAAAGGACCUCAAGUGUGAAAAGGCUUUAUAAUUAUGUUGAGGUAGUUUGUAUUUCCUACUGUAGUGUAAUAAUUGAUACAGUUGUUUCAGAGUGUAAUAUAUCUCCCAGUUAGAUGGAUCAGAGAUGCAUUUUGUUUUAAUGUAAUUUUUAGCCAGUGUAAUUAAGAUAAUUAAAACAAUCAAAGGACCUUGAUCGAUUAUCUUGAGUGAGUCCUCUGAAGAGUUUAAUAAAUGCAGAGACCUUGUCUGUGCCUUUUCCUCCAAUCAUCUAAGCCAUCAGUUCCCCCACAGCACUUAAUCACUGCUGCUCUUUUCUCUUCCAUCUGAAAAGAUACUAAUGAAAGGUGAUUAGCUCAACUCAGUCAGGACUAAUGAAGCUCUUCUUUCCUCUGUCUGUCUGUCACCAGGGGAGGAGUCUUUGACAAUAUUUGUGGACAAGAGGAAGCUCAGCCAGGAGUCCUCGUCCUCUGGAGUGGAUGGUGGGCAUAGCAGCAGCAGGAGUUUAAACAAUACAGGGACAGUGACGUUGGAGGCCCUCCAUCAACUGGCUGCUUCCUACUUCACCGACAGAGAGAGCACCCUGCGAAGACUGCACCACCUCCAGAUAGCAUCCACGGCAAUACGGGUAUGUGAAAGUCCAGAAACAUGUAAUACAGCUAGAUUGCAUAGUUCCUCUUUGAAGAUGUUGUUCUGCUCGCUGGGGGGUUGUUAGUCUUCAACGUCUGUGCAUGAAAAGAGGGAAAUAUGAAGAAUCAAGAUAUGCUGGCUUGGUUUCGGCCUCUGCUGAUGUUACAUAAUGUUCACAAAUGAGGAGGAAAUUAUUUCAGGUUAUAUAAAGACAAAAUGCUCAUCACUAGGUUACAGCUGGCCAAGUAUGGACCAUGAUGUCUUUGACCAAGUGCUUAGAUCUGUUCUGUUAGGUAACUGGACCCAGCAGCCUGUUAUUUCAGUGAGAUUUAGUCCCACUUGCACAUACUGGGAAAUCUUGACACAAUGGUCCGCUGUUGCCAUUGUGACCCAGUAAUCUUAAAUAUGUACAAGCCCAUACAAUUUACGAAAAUAUCUGACAUGUAUAGUGUAUGUUGUCCUUUGGUUGCAUGAUUCAGUUUAAACUAGGGCUGUUGCGAUAUAGUAUAUCAAGUCAUCUUUUUUUUUUUUUCAAAUAAAAUGUUGAUAUCACGUUAAAAAGAAAGCCUAUGAUAGAACCAUGACUUAACAGUUGUGAAGAGAGAGCAGCAGCUGCUGCUAGCAAGCUAGCUGAAGCAGCCUUCUGUAAAACUGAGCUCAAGAGUUUGUGCCUCUUCAUUCAGUUCUGCAGCCUACUGUCUAUCACAAGUAGUACACUUCACAAUGAAAGUUCAAGAGCAGGACAUUAAAAAAAUGUCAGUAUAUAAGCAUGAAAAACGAACUUUAAAAUGCCAGUGUUCUCUCAGAAGGAUUUUCAAUUACAAGGCUGAUGAUAAAUCAUUAAUUCGAAUACUAUCAGAAAUGGAUGAUGACAAAAAGGCUUUUGUGGUCUGCUCAUAAAAAGGUUACAUCUCAAAAUUUGAAAGAAAAUUAUUAUCCAUUGUUAAAAAUAACAAUUCUAUCAUGUUCCUUCUAAGGAUGCAAGAGUAUACAGUUAAUGCAUUCAGUUAGACAAAUAUAAAUGAGUUAAUGUAAUCAAAGCCAUUCUUUUCUUACAUUCAAAGAAAGGUAUUUUCUCUGACUCACCAUUCAUUAUACAGAGGAGAUGUGCAAUGGUGUGUGUUUCUGCAGAGAGAGUGCUUUCUGUCUGAAUUGUAUUAUUUUAUUAUUUUGGACAUUUUAUGGACAUCAGCUUUUGUGCAGUGGUGUGAAGCUUCCUGUCUACAGCCCACAGCUCAAACUAAUGGAAAAACUUAGAAAGACCAGAUGACAUCACAGUCCCUCUCCUGCAGUCAUUUUGUAUGUGACAGACAGAAACUUGUUGCGUGCAUCUUCAUGAAAGACAACCAGGACUUCACCAAACAAGAUUAUUAGCUAAACUGUGCAUGAGAACUUAACGUGAUAGCCGCUCUGACAGAGGGAAGAGCAGAGAGACACAGGGCAGGUUGAGGGAAGUGAGACUAAAGAAGCAGCAAACAAGAUCGAUUUCUUCUGUGCAUGUUUUUGUGUUGGUGCGGGUUUAUUUAUUUUUAGAGUGUUACCUCUUUCAAACAAUCAGCAACUUUAGUUAAAAGGCUUGAGAAAUAGGAAGGUCUCUCUGACCAUGUCUUGGCCUCAGUACAUGUGUGUCAGAGACAAAUGAUGUAUACAUGGUGUUCCUCAGGGACGCAUCCUUGGGCCUGUUCAAUUUUCACUCUAAUGCUCCCACUUAAAACUAUUAUUGCACACCAGCACAUCAUUUAUCAUUUUUACGCCGAUGACACUCAGCUGUGUAUAUCUGUCACACCGCAUGACCUGAGUGCACUUCAGUUUCUUCUGUCUUGUCUCAUAGAAAUCAAUGUAAGGUUUGCCACAAACUUUAAUUUUGAAUUUCCCUUCAGGGAUCAAUAAAGUUGUUCUUCUUCUUCUAACUUAAAAACUGAAUGAGAAAAAAAGUUAUUUUAGUGGGAGACAAAGCAGCCAGCAAAACCUUGUACUCAAAGCUGAGUGGUUUCAACAAGCACAUUGAAAAAAUGUUACACACCUGGUGAUGGUAAUAGAUUCUGGUUUUAAUUCGAAUGCUCAUUUUUCCAAAGUCAUGAGGAUUUCAAUUUCUCUCUUUAACUUCCUUUUGUUGUGAAGCACUUUGGGCUGCAUGCUGUUAUGUACAAAAGGUGCUAUAUAGAUAAAAUUGAGUUAAGCUGGGCAAUUAACGUGUCAUUCCACUUUUUUACUGCUUUGUUUGUUUACCGGUGCUCUUUCCAUUCACCUUCAUUUUCACUUCAUCUCUAAACUGAAGGGCCAUUACUGCUGUCCUCCCUUCUUUGCUUGCUUGCACCAGCUCUGGGUUGAAAAUAUAUCUCUGAAUCUGUUCUUUUAUGAUACGUUUUGAUGCAUAUCAAAUAUUAAAACAACGAAUAUUAUAAAAAUUUUAGAGCAUAUGAUAUCCAAAAACAUUUUAGUAUUGAAAGCUUUGACUUGAAUGACAACAAUUAGGGUUGCAUUCUCAGGAUAUGAGCACAUUCUGAUUUGUCACAUUAAUUAUUCUUUGCUUCAGGCUUCAGUUAGUUUACUUAACAGAAAGUUUGACAGUAGCUCAACUUGUAGCUCAACUUCGGGUGACAUGCCCUAAUUCUUUUAAAUGCGGCUCAGGGAACUUAUUCCCAUGACUUAUUUAAUCAGGUAGGAUUAAGAACAAAUGCUCAUUAACUGAUUUGGCCUGACACUCAGAAACCUUACCUGUCUCACCUGCAGGGUGCAGGAAGGCUGUCAAAUCUGUCUGUAGUUUGCAGCUUCUUACCACUGAACACUUAUAUCAUCACACAAAUGGGGAUAAUCUGAUUUUUAUUAGACUCUGAUAAAUAAAGUUGUGAAACAUUUAUUGUGAGCUGGUCGAACGUGUCUCUGCUAACCACCUAAUACAGAUUAAUUUACUGAAUAUUUAGAGCAGUAGAAAACAGACCUGAGGUUUCUGAGAGAUUACCUUGCCGGCAGCUUUUAAGAGGAGAGUGAGGAAGCAGAAUAGGGGAGCAGCCAUGCGUCCUGUACUAUAAAACACCAAUCAUCCAUUUUAUCAUCUGAAGUGGCUAUUAGAGUGUGUGCAUUAAUCAGCCCGAGGGGCAAAUGUGGAUGCUAAAGUGAGUAGCCUCUGAUGAAGACAAGUGCCCCCACCAAACUGAGGACGUGUUCCUCUGGUUAUGAAUCAGCCUGAUGGAUUGGAUGUAUCAUUCCAUUAAUUUCCAGCCAGGCUGACUUCCAUUCAUUUGCUACUUUGCAGAGUGUGUGUGGAGUUGAGGCAGAUUGAGGAUCAGAGCAGGAGGGGGGAGAUGAACACUACAUUUCACCAAGGAUUUAAAGCAGCACCUGCAACACACAGCUGCUUAUUAAAAUCACAGGUUUGGGGGGAAUUGUGUGAAAAUAAAAGCAACUCUGAAAUGAAUUUAUUCUUAAAUAUAUUUUUGUUUUUGUGCACCAGAAUUUGUCUUUUUCAAACCUUCAUUAGUUGUUGUUUUCAAUGAAGUAAUCUGAGCAGCAGUUUUACGAUUUUAGACCGUAAGAAGUUGAUUUCCUUCGCCAGAUCAGAACAGAUAAAUCUGAGUGAGAAGGGAAAGCCUUCAGAUGGAAAGCCUGUGAAAAUAUGACGCUGUGACUCAUUACAUUCAAAAUUUAUGUGAAGCGGAACGAAACCUUGAUACUUCUUCUGACCUUCAUUUUAAAGAUAUGAGAGUAAAAUGAGUAAUGUUAAAGUUAUGUGGGUGAUAACUGCCUCCACUGACUUAUCUGAGAUUACCUGCCUUCUUUUCUUUUUAUUUAAACAUAACAAAAGGGGGAAAAGCAAUAAAAAAAAACUGAAUUUCGCUCUCCUCAUAUUCUUGCAGGUGACAGAAACCAGAACUGGACCGCUUGGAUGCAGCAACUAUGACAAUCUGGAUACAGUCAGCUCUGUUCUGGUUCACAGUCCAGAAAACAAAGUCCAGCUCCAAGGUAAAUUACUGAUACCAAUAACUACUGAUAACAUUAGAGACUUUUUGUGAUGAAUUUUAAAUAAUUCUAGAUAUUUCUAAGAAAAUAAAUAGUAACAGCAACUUUGAUUGCAACUCCAGUCCUUGAUUUAUUCAUUAGAAAAUCAUGAAUUACAUGACUGAACAUUACCUAUUAGUGAAAAUUAAAGUUUCAAUAGAGCUUGCAAAAAUUUUAUGAAAUUCUUGGUCAUUUGGUUGUAAUUUUGAAAUAUUUCUGAUAGUAUUCCUCAUUACUUGCAGCAAGUGGGUUGAGAAGAUUAAUGCUUCUCUCCUCCCAUCUGGUUGUAAACGCUGUUGAUUUUUGCACAUUUUCUCUCAGGGUAAAACAAAUGAUUCAAAUGUUCGUAAGUGAGGUUUGAGGGUGUUAUUUGGAGGCGAGUUUUCUUUUGACAGAGUGAGACCGGCCACACACUAAAUGAUUUUAGGCCCAAUUAACAGCCUGAUCUGGCACCCCUGUGAUGAAGAGCUUGAACUGAUUCAAGGUUCAUCGUAAGCAGAACCACUCAAGUUUCUAUGACAUCUUGUACCUCUGGGAUUGGCACUGUGAAAUUGGUACCACAAAUGUCAAGUGUGCAGUUUAGCAGUCUUAUGAAAUUGUCUGUUCUCUCUGUGUUGAGGAUUAUACCUGAUGGUUGUAAAGCUGGUUAAAAGUCGCCAAGUGUGUGAUCAGUCUUUAGCUAUCUGUUUCCCUUCAUCAUCAGUCACAGUACUAAGUGGAGUUAAACAUCUGCUGGGGGUAAUGUUCUUAUUAAACUUUUAAUGAAAAAAAAAUUGUCCCCCCUUUCAAAAUGUGAAUAACAACUUUCACAGCCAAGCUAAACAUAUUUCUUAUAACAGGGUUGAAAAAUGAGGCCAAUACAGAUGUGUAAAAAACUGCAGUUCCUCAAGUGUCCACUUGAGGCUGGCUCCAAAAGCAGAGGAAACCCCAUCAAAGCCAAUGUUAAAAUACAUAAUAGCUUUGUCAAAAACCUGGUACACAAAUCACAUUUGGUGUUAUCCACUCAUUUUGCUGUUUGACCAAACUGUUAAGAAGUGAACUUUUUUUGUGACUCAUUCUUCUUUAUCAUAUGGAGAAUAAAAGUUUGUAUAAUUUGGCAUCAUUUAAGGUUUGGCUCAUUUGUCACGGUGGCUGUUUGGCAGAAAACCAAAGGCUUUCACCAAACUCCCCCUCUUUCUGUUUUCAGAUUAGCUGAAAAGUAGCUGGAGUCUGCAUUUCCAAUUUGGCAACCAUUGUCUUUGGGCUUGGACAAAAUCUGUUUUCAGAAACAGACUUUGUCCAUAUAUUAUUCAGUCUUUUAAUUACUAGGGGCAUAAAUCUUUGAAAGACAGGAGGUUGGUGUCUCAAAUGAGAUGCUUUUUGUUAAAUCAGAUUUCCUGAAUAAAUUAAUUGUUAAGUGUCACGUAUUGGGGGAUUUGUCCAAAUUUGAGGUUUAUGGGGUUCUUAGUUGAGUCAUAACAAACACAACAAAAUAUUAUGUUUCUGUUGUAGGAGCUAGUGAGAAACCAACAGGACAAAUGUAAAAACCUGAAUAACUCUGAUUUGAGGGUUUGUUGUAUUUAAUGAUGAGGUAGAAGACGGUACUUGUGGGAAAAGAACAAAGCAAUAAUUGUUUAUUUGUCCAAUCUAUUAUUGUAUGAUGGUUAAAAUUCUCUUUUAUCCUCAUAGUAGAAAAUAAAGAUUUCCCACAACCUUGUAAAUUCAUAAAGGAACAAAUGAUAAUGUAUCUCCCUCCGUUUUCUCGAUCAUUUUAGUGUUAAUUAAGCUGCAUUGUUUUCUUUUUAUUCCUCUUCCUUUCUUCCUUAUUUCUGUUUAUCAUGAGACCACAGGACUAAUGGCGAUUGUCUUUUUCAAUGUAAUCAACUGUAUAGGUCUUGAUUAAUGGACUUGUGUGAGCUUGCUCUCUUGAGGGUGUUGGUGCCGUUUUGUUGCUGGUUAAAGAACACAAAGUAAUUGUUCAUUUAACUCAGUUACUUCUGAGCUAAUCUUUGCCUUUAAUCUAACUAAUUAGUCAUUUCGUAUCUCAGCAUCUGUUCUCAUCAAUAUCUACUCUUUAGUUGUCGACUGUUCAUUCCCUUGUUGUCCCUUAGCAAUAUCUAACCUUUGUGUGAGCAGAAUUAUAAAAAGAUAUUGAUCGGGGUUCUGUGGCAAAGGGAUGAGGUUAAAGAGCUGUAAGCUACAACAAUAACACUUACUGGUAACAGAAGUGGUUUAAAACAAAAAAUAACUUGCUCCCCUGAAAUACAUGCUUAUGAAAGUGUUUUUUGAAGAAGGAUAUAAAAUGAAACCAAAUUUCCAAGCUUAAUUUCUUUUGGUAGUGGUACAACUCCACAGUACAGGCACUCUGACUAAGACCAUACAUGCCCUACAUGUCCUGAGCCCUGACUACUAAACAAAUUAUAGUAACUUGUUUGAGGAUGUAAGGCCGCAGCUGUGUUCAUGAUACAUUUAAAGGUGUAUGAUGUAUCUUUUUCCGUUUCAGUGAUAUGGAUAGAUUUUCGAUUGGGGGAGAUUUAUGAUAUAAUACUUUACCAUUCAACACAAUAUAUUAUCAUGUGAUAUAAUAUGAUAUAAUGCAAUAUGAUAUGUUGCAAUACCAUCCAAUACAAUAUAUUACGUCACAAUACAACAUAAUAUGAUACAAUAUGAUUUGACAUUGCAGUAGGAUACAGUACAGUGCAGUUAUGACAAUACAAUACAUUACAAGUACACAGUACAAAAUUAUUUAACAUGAUACGUUAUUAAUACUAUUCACAAUGAUACAAUACGAUACCUUAUGUUGCCCUAACAUUAAGUAUACUGCCAUGAAAUACAGUAUGAUACAGUAUCACUAGCGGAAUGAAUCAGUGCGGAGGCUGAGCACAUGACCUGACCCUUUGAACAUGGUAAGGCUCAUGAUAAUAUUGCAUAAUAAUAAACAUAAGCCUGCAACAGCAGGGUUUACAAGCAUGACUGCAUAUUUUACACUUGGUUAUGUCAUUUUGAAGUCAAUCAAACGGACAUCAAGUCUAUUAAACCAAGGGAAUAACAAAAGCUUUAGACCACCUGGCUCCUGAUGACAAAGCAACACAAAUUCAAAGCAGUUCAGCACCAUGGAUACCCAGUCAGUGCCCCCCUAGCCCCUCCGGAAGCUUCGCCUUUUUACAGUGCGGUACAUUGCAACACAAUACUAUACAAUACCAUUCAACACAAUACAAGGUGUCAGGGUAAGAUACAAUAUGAUUCAAUAGGACAUAUAACUAAUCAAAAUGAUUCAAUAUUUUACGUUCAGUAUAUUAUAAAACAUUAAUGUACUGCUCUAUAUGAUUCAAUAUUUAACCAAUCAGUAUGUCACAACCCAUUACCAUAUAAUAUGAUACAAUACCAAACGAUUAAGUAAGAUAAGAUGGGAUAAGAUAAAGUAAGAUACAGUUCAAUAAAAUACAUCACCAUACAAUACAAUAUAAUAUACGAUGAUACAAAACAAAAUUAAACAGUAUGCUAAGUGACAAAACUUUAUCCUUUGAAAAAAUUGUUUAAACAUCCCUAUAAACACUGUUAAAAAAAAAAAAAAAAAACUGGUUCAAAAGUGAAACCCUCUAUGUGGACUUGGAUUCAGUGUCUCUGUUCAGACAAUAUUUGACCAAGAAUUUUUUAUUCUUUCUUAAGAUUUGUUACACACUCACUCACUCACUCACUCACUCACUCACAUAUUAAUGCUUUUUCAAGGCACAUCUCACAUGGACUGUACUCCAGAGUAUCCCAGUCACCACACUUAAGUGAUGAUAAACAAGAGCUGUUUUCAGUUCAACGUCCUCAUCUAUUUAGGGUCAACUUCUUUACCCUCACAAUCCCAUCAGGCGUCUGUCAACAUCCAGGGGUCUCUAACUGUUGCCGGAGUUUUACAGCCUAAAUGUCUGAGCGUGCACUGGAGGGGAAAGACUUACUUGUAAACACAACAGGACCCACAGUGCCCUGUAUUUAUAGUUUGUGUAUGAAAAAUUAAAUACCUUGAAAUUACAUCUUUGCAAAGGCUGGAUUUCGACUCCAGCUGGAAAAUUACCUUGGAGGAAUGCCGUCAGAAUAAUCAUGUCCGUCUUCCCUGAAAUUAACAAUUCAUAAAAGUUUUUUAAAAGGUUUGUUUUGACAUUGAAAUCCCAAAUUAUGUUAACUGGUAGAGGUCUAAACAAGGUGAAAUGACACAAUUUUUCCCUCUCCGUUUAUUCUUGGUUCAUUACAAAGCCUAAGUUGAUAGUAGGAAAUAAACAGACAACUCUUUUUUUAUCCGUGUGAGACAAGGAUUUUAACCUCAUAUAGCGAGUUUGUCAAACAUGACCUCAGCCUUCAUCUUCACUCUUUCUUUCCUCCUCCACAGGGCUGCAGGUCAUCCUACCCAGCUACUUGCAGAGCUGCUUCAUUCAGGCGGCUCUUGACUACAUCGGCUGUAAAUCUGAGGGUCAGUUUGUGUGUCGAAACAAUGACUGCUGGUGUGAGUGCAGCACGGACUUCCCUCAGUGUAACUGUCCUUAUGGUGAUCUGGACACGCUUGAGAAAAACCUGCAGCGCUUCACCGACGCCUUGAGUCAGGCCAACCAAGAGUUUGAGGAAUCAGGUGAGUGUAAUUGACCCCCAAAAAGUGGACUUGAAAAUGUCAGCUUGAACAGAGCCUUUCAAAAACCCCUGUGGUGAAAAACGGGCUGGUUAAACCUUUUCAGAACUCCGGCCAUGAGCACGAUGUUUUUAUCAAAAAGUGAUAAACUUGGAUAUAAGGUCGAACAUGUGCACGUCUUUGUUCUAAAUGCAUUCCUGGAUGUCAGACUCUGACAGCUGCCAGACGAGGAAUUUGGGAAGCUGUCAGUCAAAAUGUCAAAUCAAAUGAUGGUUCAGAUGUUGGCGUGUGCUCAGGGCUGCAGGGAAAAUAACAGACUCUUUCAGAAGUUCAUCUUUUGUCAACAAAGUGCUCUGAAGAAUCGAAUACCAGAGGUGGAACAAAAAGCAAAGUUUGAUGCAUUGUAGAAUAAAUAUAGUUCACGCCUAUAGCCCCGAUGUAAGCCUGGAAAAAUGAUGGUUAAUUCUUUUAAUGUAGAGGUGUUUAUUUAAAGCUGUAUUUGAUUACCUUAAAAUAGAGACAGGCAAGCUGGUGGCUAUACACAAUCAUGAAACAAAUGUGAAAUUUCAAGUAUGCAAAUGAAACUUUUAUCAACUCAGGUCAUUCUUUUGAGUAUGUUUUUAAUAUCUAUUUAUGUGCUUUUUAGGAUAACAUUUCAUUUUUCUGAGCUAUGCUAAUUAGAUUGAAGCUGCGCUGUAGUAGUUGCAGAAAUAUUCAGUUAAUUCCUCCUUUGUAAAAACUGUAACGUUUUUUAUGUUCUCGCACUAAAUAAGCUGCUUUAUUUUUAGUUUUAUAAUGUUGAAUUUCAUUUGUUAAGCUAGCCUCACUGAAUGCUAGCUAUAGCUUCAUAUUGAAAGUAGUGUGCAGUGGUAUCAGUGUCCUUAUUUUCCUGUCAAAAGGAAAGCUCCCUUUAGCCGAAACUGUAAUUUCUAUCAACUGUUUCAAGUAGUAUGAAGAAUUGAAAUCACUUACAAUGGAUACAUAGCCAAAAAUACACUAUAUAUAUAUUAUCACCCAAUUCAAUCAGUCUUUUGACAUCUCCACUUCAGCCCACGUGACAGAAAGAUUUUUUUUUUUUUUUUUAAGUAAUUGUAUAAUUUUUAAGUGCUAUAAACACACUUUUCAUUUUGGCUGAAGUUUCCUUUUGCUAAGCUGAAUGAUAUUUUAUAAAUGAUUAUUUUCAUCUUAACCUGAACUGAAGCGAACUGGGUGUUACUGGAAAUUACUUUCAUCUCACUCUCAAAAAGAAAGGUAAUUUUAUCUGAAAUUUUUAAUGUCACAUGUCCAACUACAACAUCUCGUAACUGAAAUAACUGUAGAAUAAAUGUUUAAAGAAGGAAAACAAUACUCAGAAUUGAACACCUUGAAAUAUUAAUUGAGUUUUUUACUUAAACACAACUCAGCUGAACAUUAUAUUGGUGGAAAAAACUGUGUGUACCACUCUGUCACUGACUGGAGGAGUGCACUAUAUUUACCUCAGUCUCCCUCAGCUCUGUGAACUUAUAAAAGACCUCCUUAGAAAUAAAUGACCAGUGAUUUAAGCAACGCUGGGCUGGCAGCCAAGCCUCUAAUAAUGUAUCGUUGCAUUAAUGCUGAGACAUUGCUAUAAUCACCAUAAACACAUCACACCAUUGCAAAGCAGAUAGGGCGCAUUGACGGGUGUUUGUAUGGUAAUUUAAGCAGAUAAUUGCAGCAAAACUUGACAAGUAUUUUUUACCCUCCUGUUCAAGAAAAGAUAUUCAAGGUUAAUGCUGCAAAAUGAUACAAGCACCACAGUGGAAUGAAUUGAUUUUUUUUCAAAGAGCUUAUAGUUGCAUACCUUUCACUCAAACUCCAUUUGGUUGAAGCUUUAUGUCUGUGUUUUGGAUUCCACGUCAGCCUGUUUCUGACUUUAUAAACACUAAAUAAAAGAAAGCACUUCUAUAACGUGUGCCUUUAUGCGGAAACUGCCUCACCUUUGGAGAUGUGACAUGCUAAUGCGUCAGAAAGUUUCUCCCUGCAUCACAAAGUGUCUGGGAACUUCAGAAAUGUGCCAUUUUGUUACUUUUGACACAGGUGAUUACAGCUAAACGCCUCGCUUUCACAUUGUUGACGGCAGGAACAGCAAUUUAGCUUUCAGUGUCACUCUAGCUAAUUGCCGCUUUGAAGGUGUGCAGUGCUGUAUUCUGGGGGAAAAAGAUGAUGAUUAACAUAAAGCUGGUUACAGAAACAGAAUACGACAAGCAGAUGAGAGAAAAUGUCCUCUCUCCAAAUGAAAUCAGAAAAACAAAACCUGCUCUUCUGGCAUAUUGCAGCUGUUUGCUUUUCUGGGACAAACAAUGAGCAGUUUUUUGUGUUGAUAUUGUUACCCUGCGGCUUGUAGCCAGAGGCAGUUUACUUAUUCAUGUCUCCUUUCCUCCCACCAGAUGAGUUUCAGAGCUUUGUUGGGAAACUGCCAACCCAUUACGCCGUAAACACAUCUGUCGUUGAACACUUGUGGAGGACGGACGCCAGCUUGUCCCAGCGCUACAGGCAACUGGAGACCAGCAGCGACCAGCUUCUCACUAAGGCCCGCCGCACCGCUAACAAGCUCUUCAGCCUCAGCAAGAGGUGCAGAAAACAGCCCAAAGUCGUCCUGCAGAGGCCGAGGUAAGAGUCGAGGCGAGACGGGGGUGAGGGGGAGGAAUAUUUAUACUACAGCCUGUUAACCCAAGGUGCUCCCAAAAACUUAUAAUUAUGAAAAUGAUUUAUGUGCCGGGUGCUGGGAGAAAGCAGCCGAGCGAGACAGUGGUUAUUAGAAGGCACUUGAAGAGGAGGAGUUGUGGAGUGAGGUGAAAAGUGCUGACAGGAGCAAGGCUACUCCUCUGUUAGAGACAAACGGGAUCAUGUCCAGCCAAACAGACUCAUUUCACUGUCUGCAGAUUUAAACUGCAUUACGAUCAAUCCAGCAUCUUAAGUUCCUCAUAUAAUAAUCCAUUUAUUUUAUCACAAUCACAUCCAGGAGUUUAAGCUGCUGAGGCCACUAAUACAUAACCGAUUUUUUUAUCACUGCUACAGCUGCUGUUUCAGCAUCACUCCCAUGCUGCACACUAGUUUUCAGUAGCUCUCUGAGACCUCGGUGGUCAUAACUUCCCUCAGAUUUAUGCCUCUCUCAUGCACACUCCAUGUUGAUAGCUAUUUCUGGCAGGGAAAUUAACUAAAUGACACAAUCCAUCAGCUACGAGUCAAAGGCAGGCACGGCCUCCUCAGUCCACAUCCAAUUACACAUCUUUAUCACACCCCUAUCGCUUGUUAAAAAAAAGAGGGAUUCAACAGUGGUGCAGGGUCACAAAUUGAAACAGAUUUUUGUGUUUGUUGUAGAGAGGAUAUUGUGUUUGUUAUUAAUCUGCUCUUUCUACAUAGUAAUUGAAUUUAAACAAAAUUGUGUUUUUUCUUCUCUCACUGUAAAAGUAGCAUAACUUUAAAAUGUAAAGACCCUAAGAGUGUGUAAAUAUGGGUAUGUUUAUCUGUGGGUGUGUGUCUGCGUGUUUCAGAGGCAUCCAUCUGCUCCUCAGCGGCAGGAUUUCAAUAGAUUAAAAUGUUCAUUUUGAUCUGAUUCUGCCGCUCCGUCUCCAGCUGUGUCUGAGUUUGGCUAAAGUUGUUCUCUCAUAUCAAAACAAUACAUACUUUUUUUAUGAAAGGUAGGAUUAAUCUGCCUUUCCUGCAUAAGCAGGGAAACAAAAACAUAAGAAAUAUUCAAAAUGAAAAAUCAGAUUAGGUAUCCUGUAAUAACUGGAGAUGUUCCCAUCUAAUUCUUUCCUUCCUGAUACGUACUUAGAUCCUAAGAUUUGGGGAUUGGCUGACAGGAAAUCCUCCUGAUACCAGUGUGAUAAUAAUAAAUUAUGUCUUAUCAAAGGGAACAGCACUGACAUUUUGCCUGCUUUGACAAACACUAUACUCUAUGUGUCAUAUUUCACUCUUUGCUUUCUUUGCACUGUUUUUGUUUGUUUAUGUUCACACAAAGUUAACCUGUUUCCAGUGGACUUUUUCAGGAGCUAAAAAUAAGCGCAGACUUACUUCACCAAAUAAUCGAGCUCACUGGUGAGCUCAAGUAAACCAUGUGGUUAAACUCUGAAAAAUCAUGUGUCAACUGUAAUAAAAUCUCAGGAAAAAUGACUGAAAUGCACGACAGGAAAGUCACUCAAAGAAAAGUUUUGUGUGAAGCCAGCAUUUCUGGCAUAAUGAUCAUAAAUGAUUUGGAAACCAUCUGUGACUGCAUGAAAAGUGCCCAAAAACGACUCUAGUGGUAUUUACUGUUCAGACUCUAAAUGUCGCUUAAAAAUCUUUUUCUGGAGGGGUUAUAGUUUUAUUUUCAUCAAGGAAGCUCUGAAGCCGUCUGAUGUUGUGAAACGGAAAUAAUGAAGCAGGGAACUUAGAGUUACAACUUUCUAUUGAUCUUCAUAUUGUUCAUAUUUUGUUGUUUUUGUAUCAGAGUGUGAACUACGCACAGUUAACCUCAGUAAUCAGAGCACAUUUAUUGAUCAGUAUUUUGACAAACUCGCUGAUAAAUCACAUUUUAUGACUGUAUCAGAAGCUAAUACUGGUUCUGCACUGAUCAACAUAACUUUUUAGUUUUGCUGUCCUUUUGUAAAUUUUCACCUAACAUAACUUGUUUUUAGUACUGUGUGAUGAAUUAAACAUUUUCUUUACUUAAACUAAAUGUAUGCCAGGAGAUCUUCCCUGAGAGAUUUAUCCCAUCCAGAACAUUUCUGCAGAACAUUUUACUUGAGUAACAAAACAGGUCACUUGUUUAUAUGCGUGUGUUCACUGUGAGCCCCUUCUGUCUGCUAACAUUAGUCACCUGUUAGCUCUUAGCCAACCUGAAGAGGGUAGUCAGCAACCUGCUUGACUAGCAUAAAUUGUGAAUAAUAGUUGUCUUAUAUAGUUUGAAAAAUAGACAACAGAGAAGCAUAAUCUAAAUUGUAGAAAACGUAAAUUUUUGCCAUUCUCAGCCAUGACAAUCUAGUCCUCCACAAGGGUAGAAAGCAUCUCUUUCUACUCACCCCGUAUACCACCACUGUAGGAGGCAUAUGAGUUGUGGGCCCUGUUAAUCAAAAAUUUUAUUCUAUGGACUUUAGUAACACAGAAUAUGUUAAAACUGUUCAAAAUUAAAUAAGGUUAGCAAAAACUUUCCCAUUAAAAUCUGUUGACAGUCCAUUACCCACAAUGAAAAGGGUCCCCAUGAUCCAAGUCUAGAGCAGCAGAUUUAAUACAAACACACUGUAUCAAUAAAGAUCUAUGAUCGCUUCAAAUCAACAAAGGCUGUAUGAACUUGCUCAAGUUGUCUGUGAUCCAUCUUAUCCGAUCAGAGCAAGUUUGGAUCCUUUCUCUUUCUCAGGCUAAGAUAAAAUAUUCCUUUAUUAGUCCCACAGGGGGGAAAUCCAAAUUUUAACAAACUAAGGAUGGGAUUCCGGGUGCUUUUUAUUUAUUUAGAUCAUUUGGCUCAGUAAGAACUGGCAUGUUCAGCUCCCAAAUGGCUUUUUAUAGUAUCAUUCAUGUACAGAAUCUGGCUUUUAGAAGAAAGUCAUUCACAAACACCACAUCACAUGGCUCCCCACCUCAGUGCAGAUUUUUGCACUCUUUCUCUCCUUCCCUCUAUCUUGUUGUCUUUCUCUCCCCCUGCCCUCUCUCUCUCUUUCUCUCUCUCUCUCUCUCUCUCUCUCUCUCUCUCUCUCUCUCUCUCUCUGUAUUCUUCCCCAACUCAGCAGCAGCCUGGUGGCUGUCUAGCAUGAGUCUGGUCCUGUUCAAGGUUUCUGCCUGUUAAAAGGAAGUUUUUCCUUGCCACUGUCACUCAUGUUAGAUGAGAUGGCCCAAAUCCCAUCUUACAUUGAGUCAUGAUAAUUCAUCAAACAAUGAGCGUGAUCUAGACGCUGGAAAGCGUCUUGGGAUGACGACUUUUGUGAAUUGGGGCUAUAUAAAUAAAAUUUGAAAAUGAGAAUCUGAGAAAAUUUGACUUGACCAGAAGGUAGAAGUUUGGAUAACUGAGUUUAAAAACCAACGUUCAUGUUAGAAGUCAGUUUGAAAAGGAACAUGAUCAACAUAUUCACGGGCAUGUGCCAAUCUCUGUUAGCAGGGUACUGGAAGACUAUGCCCUCAACAUUUCACCUGUUUUACCCCCGUGUAACUCAGCAAAUCAGGCUGCAGGUCAUCAAUCAUGUGUCUUUUAAGCUGUGCAUUUGUGGUGGGCUCAAAUCAGCAGCUUGAGUGUUGAAGAGGAUCCUGAUUGGUAGUAAACUUGUCCUGCUUCAGCUUUUAUCAGUUAUGUCGGACUCUGGAGUCUGGUCUGCUCAUUUUUGUGGUUUUAAGCUUAAAGAGUUUCAUUCAGCUGUCCUCUCUUCCUCAGGCCUCUGCAUUUCUGGCUGAGCUACGCCCUCUCUGUCUUGUACUGCAGCGAGAAUAACCAAGUCGGAGUGUUUAGCGAUGAGAGCCGCAGCUGCUCCUGCCCCUACAGCCACCCGCCCUGCCAGGGCCUCAUCCCCUGUUCUGUUGGUGACGGCCCCCGCUGUGCCUCCUGUUCUGCAGAGAACCGCACCCGAUGCUCCAGCUGCAACUUGGGCUUCACUUUGACCCAGGGGGUCUGCCGGCCAGCAGUGCCUGACCCCACAGAUCCCUACUUGGGCUUGGAGAGUGACCGAGACCUGCAGGAUCUAGAGAUGCGCUACCUGCUGCAGCGGAGAGACCCUCGCAUCACUCUGCAUGCGGUGUUUGUGAGCAAUGACGUGCGUGUGAACACGUGGUUUGACCCGUCCUGGAGGAAAAGAAUGCUUCUCACGCUCAAGAGCAAUCGAGUGAAGUCCAAUCGUGUUCAUAUGCUGCUGGGUCUUGCUCUGCAGUUUUGUCUCACCAGAAACAGCACACUUGAGCCUGCAAUGUCUCUAUUCGUGAAUCCCUUUGGGGGCAGCCAUUCAGAAAGCUGGACUAUGCCAAUAGGUCAGCACGGAUACCCAGACUGGGAGCGGACCAAGCUGGAUAUCCCUUUGGACUGUUAUAACUGGACAUUGACUCUGGGAAACAGAUGGAAGAGCUUUUUUGAGACCGUACAUUUCUAUUUGAGGAGUCGAAUCAGGGACCCGGCUGGGGUAUCAGGAGGAAACAAGAACAUGACGAUGUACUACGAGCCUCUGGAGGCAUCAGAACCAUCCAACAACAUUGGCUACAUGAAAGUGAACAGCAUGCAGCUGUUUGGAUACAGCGUGCACUUUGACCCAGAGGCCAUCCAGGACCUGAUUCUGCAGAUAGACUACCCAUACACUCAGGGAUCACAGGACUCAGCCCUGCUGCAGCUGGUGGAGCUGCGCUACAGGAUCAACCGCCUCUCGCCUCCAGGGGCUCCACACGUGGAUCUGUUCGCCUGUCUGCUUCGCCACAGGCUCAAACUGUCCACUGCAGACGUGAGCAGGAUACUCACUGCCCUGCAGGCUUUCAGUGCCCGACAACCAAACCAUGUGGAGUAUGAGGCAAAUAAACUGUGCAGUUAAUAGACAUUGUUCGAUGUUUUGUACUAUUUCCUCACCACAGACAGGCCUAUAUCCUUUUGUCAGCUGGAUCUAUUUGUGUUAAGUGUGUGGUAUGUUGUUCAAGGCUUUGUUGUGCAUACACUAUGUGCAAUUAAAUUUGGUGUUUUUAUCAUUUCAGUGUAGUUUUAUGGAUUAAAGCCCCCAUUUUCAAAGAUUUGUGACUUUUGUUAAUUACAGUCAGAAUAAAAAUAACAAACAUUAGUCAUUAGCCAUAUAAGUUUAGUGACCAG